AUGGAGCCGGCUUUGCGUCGGGCGGCUCACAGCCUGUGUGGGCGCUGCUCAGCGUCCCUGCGGAAGCAGGUGAUUGCAGGAGCGGCAUUGAAGCCAUGGGCACCAGCAGCAAUUCGCAGUAUACACUCUGCCAAGUCAUUGGACGCUAACCGUACGGCCUCUGGAUCUAAGUUGACGACAACUGCCCGCGAAUACUCAAGCUCAGCGUCCGAAGCCUCUACCGGCGAGCGGUCUCCUGCAGCAACGCUUCGUCUGAGCCCAGAUGAUCUCUUCCACCCUUUUUCCAAGUCGCCAGUUCCCGAAUUCCGCCGCCGAGCUGCGUAUAUGCGACAGAAUGCAUACUGCCCUCACCCCGAUCACAAGCAUGCGAGAGUCCCACUCGAUUCGUCCACAGUUGGUGAUGCUGCUCCUGCCGCUGAAGGAGACAUGGCUCCCGCGCAUGUGGAUUUCGAGUGCCCGGAUUGUGGGAUUGCGGUUUACUGCAGCAAAGAGCAUUGGAUGGAUGAUUAUGAGAAUCACUUGAAAAUCUGCGAUACUCUUCGCCAAAUCAACGAAGACGACCACGAUCUGCGAUCUGGCAGAGUAUUCCAUGAGGGCAACCUCCCAGAUCUCCAGAUGGAGAACGCUGCGGUCAACAUGACAAAUUGGGACACGUUCAUGUAUACUCGAGAGUUUGAGGCAGUGAAUUCGGAUCGUUCAAUGAGGCAAAUCACCCGACUUCUCACUUAUCCGAUUACGGUUGGAAGCGUCCUCCAUGAACUGAGCCCCUACAAUAUCCAGAAAGGGGGCCGCAUGACGGUGGAAGGAUUGAAGAGCUUUAGCGCUUUGAGGUAUAACUUGCAUAUUCCGAGAUCAGGUCGUGGUGCUGGCGUCAACCAGCUCCGCCCAGAACCGCCGCCAGUGAGAUUAUUCAUUCUCGGUGCACGAGCUGAAUCAUCUCUGCCUCGGCCUAUAUGGGUGCAGCUUGCACACUUGUUCCCUGAAGCAAGACUACACCUCAUUUUCAUUGGACCAGAGAGCAUGGCCAACCGAGAUGAUGAAUUCCCCUUGCCUGAACGCACGCCAUCGAAUCCAUUUGGCGCCGUGGUAGAAGACCGAGUGUGGUAUAACAUGAAAAUUAGCACCAUCGUGGAUUACUAUCAUACCAUCCACAAGACGGGACAGUUUGCGCCGUACGAUCCUUACUUUGACUGCUUUGUCCUCUUCCAUCCUGGCCUUGGCCACCCUGCUAGCAGCCAUGACUGGGAAGAGACUUUGCCUCUACUGCUGGAGACUAAGGUACCCAUUAUCAGCACGGGAUAUACGCAAGUCGAUAUGGAGCGUGAUGUGGAGUGGGUCAACAAAAAGUCUGGAGGCGAGUUUGAUGUGCUGCUGGAGCCCGGAGAGAACACUUUCCGGAGUCUGCGAUGGGAUCUCGACGACAUGGACCCCCAAGAUAUCACAUGUGGUAAUUGGGGCGUUUGGGCUUUCCGAGGAAAGAGAUAUGAGACUACCACGAGGAACCUAGAGGAGCAUCGCCCUCCUGCGUCUGCCUCUGUCGCUCGCCUGCUCGCGCGCAAUGCUCCCGCGACGACGCCUGAUUCUCCGGCCAUGACCGCCGCCUCCACCGCUUCUGCGCCUCUCGCUCCCGCCAGAGCCCCGACGACACCGCGAUCCAAGCAUGCCGCCUCCUCUCCGCCUCCCGAGGCCGGUGUGGCAGAUCGCCGGAGCAAUCGUCCCGGACCGGUCGACCCGCUGUCUGAUCGGGCCACGCUGAGCCUCAUCCGCCGGACGCUGUGCCCUCAGCAGCUGGGCAACAAGGGCCGAGAUGCCCAGCCGCCGAUCGAAGAGCUGCUGCCGCCGCUGACGAGUCGCAACGAUGUCGAUCUGCAGCUGUACGCCUUCCUCGCCAUCAUCAUGCGCGAGUUUGUGCAGAGCUGGUACGGCAAGAUUACCACGGAUGAGACGUUCUGUGGCGUUACUCUACAUGUUGGAUCUGCCACUGACUGGGACGCAGCUCGUCGUGUGGCCUCUCGGGCUGCUCUGCAACCCUCGGUAGAAGCUGAUCCCCGAGACGUCUACCACUCCAUUUUGCCCCUGCCGUUUCUCUCACCCGUGCCUCGCGAAGAUGAUGCAUCAUCUGUGAAGCUACAGAAAGAGAACGAAGCAACGUAUCGCCAGCUGCUAGUCCAGGCUGUUCUGGCCAUCCUGCUCCCGACUGAAGAUUUGGAGAAUCCUUGCUUAACGGCACUCGUGGAGCAAAUCCUCUCGGAGCUAAUCAUCGGCAACGUUAUCGCUGGCAAAGCAUCCCAACCAUGGCUUCUCUACGAAGCCAUCUGUAUCGCCGCAAAGUCGCUGAAUGAGCAGAAAGCUAGAGCAAAGACAAGGAUCGUGUCCGGAAAAGACCAACCACCACCAUCGUUAUCGGGCCUUGGCCAAGAUGCGGACAGGUCUCCAAAGUGGACGGCCCAAAGGGUCUUUGUGUUGGCUAUUCACUUGGGCAUCCUCCUGUUCAACGCAGUUAGAUUCAUGGUUGUCACCUUGGCGGACUCCAUAUCGCUGCCGCCUCGGACGGCACUUCAUCUCGAUGAGGAAGCCGCAGAUCACGUUGAAAACAUCAAGCGGCCAUCACCACCAGCGGAUACGAACGUCGCUCCGGCUAAAGUACCUGUGCUAGCUUUCAAACUGUGGACUUGUUUUGGAAACUUGAUUGAGCUGGAGGAAAGGAAGCCCUGGCUGGGUGGCUUCAUAUCAUUAUUACAGACUGCCGCCGUCAACGGGCCAUGGCGUAUUGCGGGGCUCGAUGGUCCCCUCGACAGACUCCUCUCGCACCACAUUCAAUCUCUCUUCGACCCCUCUCAUCUACCACCCCUCCUUCGGUCGCUCCGAGGCGCCCUGUUCCCUAACAACAGCCCCGGCUCGUCCAGUCUUGCAGCUCCCCAGUCGGAGGAAGAGCUGCUCGCCCUACGCCGUAGGGCCGCCCGCGCUAUACGGGGCCUGCUCCCCACAAGUGUGGCCCGCGUGUACUUUGGCGGUCGGCUUUGGCGCUUGGGCGGGUUACUUGGCUCUGGCGACAAUUUCGGACGGUCGUCUGCCGCGGUUGACAGGGAAGAUGACGAGAGGGUCGUGGAUGAGCUGGCGGGUCUCCUCGACGUUGUUGGAGACGAGUACUGCAACAAACAUCUCAUGUAUAGCGUGCUAGAGCUCGUUCUCGUGAGGCUGAUGCCAGAGCUAAGCGAGAAAGGUGUCAUGGAGCUAUGGGAAGAAAGACUUGGCUAA